AAUAGUAUUUCCAAGAAUUCACCCCUUCUUACUCCUAUCUCUUCCUUUCCUUUCAAUUCAAGUUCUUCUCUUUACUCAAUUCAUUUUGACCCAGAGCAUAUCCACAAUAUAAAAAACUAAGUACUCCUCCAAUUAUGAUAGUUAGCUUGGGAUCCGAGGAGUUCAAUCCAAGGCAGAUAGAAAACUGAUUUUGUGUGAAGAAAUUAAAACUCAACAAUCAGGAAGCAAGACAUGGCCAAAGGCGCUUCAAAUUCUUCAAAGACAAAGUCACUGACAUUUAUAUGCCUCUUCAUGUUCAUGCUCAAUUUCCACUCAUCCCAUGGUGAAGAAGAGCUUCAGCUUCUGUUAUCCUUCAAAGCUUCCAUCCACGACCCACUUCACUUUCUCUCCAACUGGGUCACUUCCUCUGCCACUGCCACAGCCACCACUCUUUGCAAGUGGCCCGGCAUAACCUGCGACAACAACACUUCCCACGUUAACACUGUUGUGAUAUCAGGAAAAAACAUCACUGGCGAGGUUCCUUCCUCCAUUUUUCAACUCCCACACGUUUCAAGCCUCGAUCUUUCCAACAAUCAGCUUGUUGGGGAAAUCACCCUCAAUUAUUCUCUUUCUUCUCUGUUUCCACUUCGUUACCUUAACCUCAGCAACAACAACCUCACGGGUUCUUUGCCUCGAACCUUGUUUUCCGUGUCAUUUUCCAACCUCGAAACUCUGGAUCUCUCCAACAACAUGUUCUCUGGCAACAUACCCGACCAAAUUGCAUUGCUUUUCAGCCUAAGGUAUCUUGAUCUUGGAGGAAACGUUUUGGUUGGAAAGAUUCCAAAUUCCAUCACCAACAUCACCACUUUACAGUAUCUUACGUUGGCUUCAAACCAGUUAGUGGGUGAAAUUCCAAAAGAUAUUGGCCUAAUGAAGAACUUGAAGUGGAUUUACUUGGGCUACAACAACCUUUCAGGUGAGAUACCAAGUAGCAUUGGAAACUUAUUUUCUUUGAAUCACCUUGAUCUUGUUUACAACAAUCUCACUGGACCAAUUCCUCAAUCUCUUGGACACCUCACCCAGCUUCAAUAUCUCUUUCUCUAUCAAAACAAGCUAACUGGUCCAAUUCCUUCAUCCAUUUAUGAACUGAAAAAGCUCAUUUCACUUGAUCUAAGUGAUAAUUCUCUUUUUGGCGAGAUUUCUGAGCUUAUAGCGCAGCUCCAAAGACUAGAGAUUCUUCACCUUUUCUCAAACAACUUCACAGGGGAGAUUCCGAAGGCAAUUGGAUCUUUGCCUCACCUUCAGGUUCUUCAGCUUUGGUCAAACCAAUUAACGGGUGGGAUUCCAGAAGAUCUAGGAAAGCAUAGCAACCUCACUGUUUUGGACCUUUCCAGCAACAACCUCGCAGGGAAGAUCCCAGAAAACUUAUGUAACUCUUCCAAUCUCUACAAACUCAUCCUCUUCUCAAACUUUCUCCAAGGACAAAUCCCACAUAGCUUAACCUUUUGCCAAAGCCUACGCAGAGUGCGCCUCCAAAACAACAAGCUCUAUGGAAAAUUACCAUCUGAAUUGACCAAACUGCCUCAGAUAUACUUCUUGGAUAUCUCUGGCAACGAACUUUCUGGAAGGAUCAAUGACAGAAAAUGGGACAUGCCAUCGCUUCAAAUGCUAAGUUUAGCUAACAACAACUUCUCAGGAGAAAUUCCUAACUCUUUCGGGAGUGACAAACUCGAAGGUUUGGACUUAUCCAAUAACCAAUUUUCAGGUUCCAUUCCUUCUGGUUUCAGAAACUUAUCAGAACUCGUGCAAUUGAAGCUAAGCAACAACGAACUCUUUGGGAACAUCCCAGAAGAACUCUGUUCGUGCAAGAAGCUUGUGGCAUUAGACCUCAGUCACAAUCAUCUCAGUGGUCAAAUUCCGGUCAAACUCUCCGACAUGCCGGUUCUUGGCCUCCUCGACUUGUCGGAAAACCAAUUAUCCGGCGAGAUUCCACAGAACUUGGGAAGCGUGGAAUCUCUCGUUCAGGUGAAUAUAUCAUACAACAACUUUCAUGGAAGUUUACCUUCAACCGGUGCUUUCCUUGCCAUCAAUGCAAGUGCGGUAACCGGCAACGACCUUUGUGACCGUGACGGUGACACAUCUAGUCGCUUGCCACCGUGCAAAACCGGUAACCAAAACCCAACUUGGCUUUUCAUCAUGCUGUGUUUUCUCUCAGCUUUGGUUGCGUUCGCGGCAGCUUCUUUUCUGGUGUUUUUCGUUCGUAGAAGGAAGAGUUUUUCGGAGGUGCGAAGAGUGGAGAAUGAAGAUGGCACGUGGGAAUUGCAGUCUUUUGACUCAAAAGCUUCGAGGGUGAUGAAAAUGGAGGAUGUUUUAUCGUCGGUGAAAGAAGGGAAAGUGGUUUCGAAAGGAAAGAACUGGGUUUCCUACGAAGGGAAGUGCAUGGGGAAUGAUGGUGACAUGCAAUUCGUGGUGGAGGAAAUCAGUGACUUGAAUUCGCUUCCGUUGAGUUUUUGGGAGGAGAUGGUGAAGGUUGGGAAACUUGGGCACCCUAAUAUUGUUAAGCUUAUUGGAAUGUGUAGGUCUGGGAAGAGAGGGUACUUAUUGUAUGAAAACGUGGAGGGGAAGAAAUUAAGCGAAGUUGUGAACGGUUUGAGUUGGCAAAGGAGAAUGAAAAUUGCUGUGGGCGUUGCAAAAGCACUUAAGUUCUUGCAUUGUCAUGCUUCAUCCAUGGUUUUGAUUGGAGAGGUGUCACCAGAAUCGGUUUGGGUGGACAACAAUGGCGUUCCUCGCGUCAAACUCAGCCCUCUCGGAAUGCCAUUUUUGGAUGUCAAAGGUUUCGUUUCUUCGCCCUACGUUGCCCAAGAGGCAAGAAAGAGAAAGGACAUGACAGAGAAGAGUGAAAUAUAUGGCUUGGGAGUUAUGCUGAUUGAAUUAUUGACGGGAAGAAGGUCCAUGGACAUAGAAGCAGGUAAUGGCAUGCACAAGACCAUUGUGGAGUGGGCCCGCUACUGCUACUCAGACUGUCAUCUUGACACGUGGAUAGAUCCUGUGAUGAAGGGUGGAGAUGCAUUGACCUAUCAGAACGACGUCGUUGAGACACUGAAUCUGGCCUUGCGUUGUACCACCACUGAUCCCACAGCAAGGCCAUGCGCAAGAGACGUACUCAAAGCCCUAGAGUCUGUUCACAGCAACACAGCCACUUUUUGCUGAGUUUUCAGUGCUCAAUACAAAACCUCAGCUAUGAUUUUCCAUAUAUCUCAUGAGCAUUCUCUGACCUUUGUUAUAGUUUUUGUUUUCUAUUGUUUUUUUUUUUUUUCUCUUUUGAGUUUUCACUUUUGUUUUCUUUUUUAUCCUUAAUUUGUUUAAAGUUUUUAGUUUAGCAUAAGUAAGUUGUUGAUGAAGGGAUUGCUAGGGAAAUGUUUGCUGGAUAUUUUAUAUGGGCAUGCUUGACAUACUGCUGAUGAGUGUAAAAGUAAAUGUAAAUAAAUUGAAUGUGAUUAAUAAAUUAAUUAUAUG